AUGUUCAGAGCUUCACCAUUGCUGCGAUCCCCGGGGCGGAUACUCGGCGCAAAACUCGCUUCUCCAAGACCAUCGUCAAUCGCACAACGGCGUCCGUUAUACAACACAAUCCGUCUUUCCAGCUCUUCCGACGACCCUCCAAAGCCUCCCCCCAAGAAACUUGAGUCGAGCGAGCAUGUUUCCACCACCAGCAGCGUCCGGAGCGUCUUUGAACCCGAUGAGAGAAAGAAAGAUGCCGUAGAAGUAAACGCGGGUCUCAAGCACGAUAUUGACAUGGUCAAAGAUACGUUCCGUCUGGAUACGGUCCCCCGAGAAUCUCACAUUCUUGGUCUAUCAGGAACAGUUCCUUAUCUCGCCACCUCUCUCUCGACCGUCUUCCUAGCUUGGAAUCUCAACAAGGACGUCCCAAGUGGCAACCGAAUUCUCGACCACAUUCUUCUAGAACACGACACGGCAAAAUAUCUGCUUGAUUUCAUCGAGCCUCUGCAGCUCGGAUACGGCGCCGUAAUCAUCUCGUUCCUCGGAGCCAUUCACUGGGGUCUCGAAUACGCAGAAAAGAAGCCACAGCAUGACCGCACUCGUUUCCGCUACGGAAUGGGUCUCGGCGCUUCCAUCCUCGCCUGGCCCACGCUCAUGAUGCCCCUCGAAUACGCCCUGACGGCCCAAUUCGGCGCCUUUGUCGCCCUCUACUACGCCGAUUCCCGCGCCGCAAAGCGCGGAUGGGCACCCCCGUGGUACGGAAAAUACCGCUUCCUCCUCACGGCCAUGGUCGGCCUCUCCAUCUUCGUCUCGCUCGUCGGCCGCGCCAAGAUUUCUAAGCGUGGAGAGCUCGACCAGAAAAGUACAAAGGCGCGGUUGGAGGACCCGGGCCUUGCCGACAAGGACACAGACUGGGCCAAAUUGGAGAGGGAAGAGAUAGAGAAGAAUAGAAAGGAAAAGGCCAAGAAGGCUAGAGAAGAGGGACAGGCUGAAAAGAAGAAGAAGCAGGAAGAUGUGAAGGGUAAACAAGAUAAACAGGGCGAUGAUGGUAAAGACAAGAAGAAAGAUGAAAAAUACGACGGAGAAGAUGACCAGGGGAAGAACGACGAUGACAAUGAGAAAAACGACAAUGAUAAGGAGAAGAAGGACGAUGACAAUGAGAAAAACGAUGAUGAUAAGGAGAAAAACGACGAGAAGAAGGACGAGAAGAAGGACGAGAAGAAAGAUGACAAGGAUCAAAAGGACAACAAGGAUGAAAGUAAUGAGAAGGAUGAAAGUGAUGAGAAGGAUGAAGGCGAUGAGAAAAACAAGAGUGAAGACAGAAACGACGACACCGACAGCAACCAACAAGACGAAGCCAAGGACGACAAGUCCAAGGAUGACGACAAGUCCAAAGACAACAACAAGAGCAAGGGCGACGACAAGAGCAAAGACAAGUCUGAGAAAGACAGCAAGAAGAAGAAAUAA